GAGGCAGCACCCUCCUCUUCCUCAGCUUGAGGACCGGAGAGAGAGCCGAGCAGGGGUGUAGCUACUGCCUCCAGCAUGGAGCCCUGAUACACGGAGGCUGAGAGCAGCCAGAUGGAGGAGCGGGACCGUAGCCGCUCUCCCUCCCGCAGGACCAGCCGGGUGGAGCAAGUGGUGGGGAGGUGGCUCCGACGUUCCAGGGACUCAAGCAGCAGAGAGAGGAUCCUGGUGGACGGGAAGGCCGGGGAGCCCGGUGCGUCGGACCAGAGGAACUAUCCGGUGCGCCUGACGGUUCAGAUCCUGAAGGACCCCCUGCUCAACUCCCACGGGCUCAGCCUGUCUGCUCAGGCCCCCAUACUGGUGCAAGAUGUCAACCCAGGAGGUCCUGCUGAUGGUCGACUCAUCCCCGGCGACCAGGUCGUAAAAAUCAACAAUGUAGCCGUUGAUGACCUGACCCCGGAGCAAGCUGCUGACAUAAUCAGGGAAUGUCAGGACUCAGUGAUAAUGACUGUCCUGCGAACCACAGUGGGACCCAAGUCCUCCUUUAUCACUCCAGAGAAGAGGGCCAAACUGAAGUCCAACCCGGUGAAGGUACGCUUCGCGGAGGAGGUCGCAGUCAACGGACACUCUCAGGGCAACUCUCUGCUCUUCCUGCCCAACGUUCUGAAGGUGUACCUAGAAAACGGCCAGACCAAGGCCUUCAAGUUUGAACCCAACACCACUGUAAAGGACAUUGUGAUGACUCUGAAAGAGAAGCUGUCCCUGUCUCGCAUCGAGCACUUCUCUCUAGUGCUGGAGCAGCAGUACAGCAUUACCAAGCUCCUGCUUCUACACGACGAGGAGAGGAUCCAGCAGGUGGUCCAGAAGAGGGAGUCUCACGACUUCAGGUGCCUGUUCCGUGUGUGUUUCAUGCCCAGAGACCCCCAGGACAUGCUGCAGGAUGACCCCACUGCCUUCGAGUACCUCUACCUGCAGGGCGUGAACGACGUGCUGCAGGAGAGGUUUGCGGUGGAGAUGAGGUGCAACACGGCCCUGAGACUAGCUGCCCUGCACAUCCAGGAAAGACUAGCCAGCUGUGGACAGUCCCCUAAGACCAACCUGAAGAUCAUCACGAAAACAUGGGGCAUCGAGAACUUUGUGUCGUCCACCCUACUGAGGAACAUGAGGGAGAAGGAUCUGAGGAAGGCUAUUGGCUACCACAUGAAGAAGAGCCAGGCACAGAUUGAGCCCAAGCAGAAGGUGCUCACGGCAAAUCAGGCGAGGACUAACUACCUGGAGGAGCUGAGCGACCUGAAGUCCUUUGGGGGGAAGUCCUUCAGCGCCACCAUGAUGCUGCAGGAUAGGGAAUCCAUGGUGACCCUGUUGGUGGGCGCACGCUACGGCGUGAGCCAGGUGGUCAACCACAAGCUGAGCAUCAUGACCACGCUGACCGAGUUCGGCAGCAUCACGCGCAUCGAGCUGCUUCCCGAGUCGGAGCGCGUGAGCCUGGUCAAGAUCUACCUGCAGGAAAUCAAGCCCAUAACUCUGCUGUUGGAGUCUAUAGCAGCCAAGGACCUCUCCUGUCUGGUGGCUGGCUACUGCCGUCUGCUGGUGGACCCCAACAUCAACAUCUUCCCCUGGACAGACCCCACCAGGAAACACCGGGUGUCGGCAGAGGAGGGUUACGUGUCGCGUUGUGGCAGCGAUACUGAUGACUCGUCAGAUCUGGACAUGGACACCCUGGUCACCCUCGUGUCCUGCAGCAAGCAGCCCAGGCCCAGGUCCACGUCGGACCCCGAACAAGCGAGGGAGCAGCUGAAGAAGAAACGGAAAGAGCGUGAAGAAAAGAGGAGAGUGCGGAGGAGGGAGAAGUCGUGUCAGGAAUCUCGCAAGAAAGAGGAACGGGAGAAGGAGGAGGAGAAAAGAGAGAAGCACGCUGAAAGGGUUUCUUCUGAAAACAGAGAGAAAGAGAAACCGGUGGAGGGAGGAGGAGAAACGGAGGGGACGGAGGAAGAGAGAAUGCAGGGGGCUGGAGAAGGGGGAAAGGAGAAGAUAGAGGAGGAGACUGGGGAUGGAGUGGGGAAUGAGGAGGUAGGGGGGGGAGGAGGAGGAGAGAUGCUAGCUGUGGAGGACCACCCCUCUGUGUCGGAGGCGUCCGAAUCCUGUAGGACGGACUCACGCUUCAUCACCAGCAUCUCCAGCGACUCACUGGACGCCCUAGAGGAGGACGACCUCAUUUCCUGUUCAUCCUCCGCCCACCAUCACAUUCACCCCCAUACUUAUCCCCCCCCUCAUCCCCACCUUCUCUCUCCCCCUGCCCCACAUGCCCAUCCCCUCUUUCGCCUCACAGUUGACCCCCCUCAUUCCAGGUGGGAACCGUCUGCACCCCACCAGGUGAGAGAAGGGGAACACGGGACGACCAAUGACGAGGACGACCCCCACCUCUCCCCCGCGGACAUGACCUUUGACCCUGUGUCAGACAACUUCCUGUGUUUUGCCGAGCUUUCCCGCAUGGUGGAAUACCUGCCGAGCCCCCCAGAGGCCAGCGAGGACGAGGAUGAGGGGGAGGGGGAGAGGAGGGAGACGGAUGACACGUCAGAGACGGGCGGCGAGAAACAAGACAAAGGCGGGGAGGGUUGUCUUGAGCGCCUCCACGCGUCCCCUUCCCCCCCUUCCCACCUAGACUGCGUGUUCAACUUUGAGCAGAGCGACGCCAGGUGUUACUACAACAUCUGCUCGAACGUCACCCCGGAUAGCGCUCACAGCCUUUCCCGCCUCCACAGCGACCGCAGCCCGGCAGCGGUAGAGGCCGAAGAAGAGGAGGAGGAGCAGGAGGAGGAGCAGGAGGAGGAGCAGGAGGAGGCACAGCCUCCGGCGCUGGAGCUGGAGUCCGUGCCCAUCCUCCAGCCACCACCCGGUUUUGGAGACAGCAGUUCGGAGGAGGAGUUCUUCGACGCCAGCGACCGCUUUGCCUCGCCCGAAGACCCAACGUUGGGAGCCGUGCCUCGAGAUUUUGCCGCAGAGAUGAGAGAAGAUAGUCGAAGUGUGAGCCCGAGCGAUAUUGGAAUCAGCAUUCCAGAACAGCGGCAGGAAGGAAAAGAGGAAGAAGGGGGAAGCGAGGAGGAGGGAGGACGAGAGGCGAGGGCCAGACUGAGGAGAAGGUCCAGAAAGCGACGAUCCUUCAUGGAGACAAACUUCACCUCCAGAGUUUCCUUCCCAGAAACAGACCUCGACAACAACCAAGACCAGCAUCCUUACCAGAACUCGAGCCAGAAGAACCACAUUGCUCAGGCCGAUGACAGCCAGAUGCUGAGCUCUGACCCAGAACCUUCUGAACAGACCCAGAACCCGUCUCCCACCGUCUCCUGCCUGAAGCACACAGAGGGGGAACCAGCCCAGCUGGAGUCCAAGCCCAUCCUCACCAUGCCCAGCCGACACCGGGACCCAGACGAGGACAGGAAGGACCUCCUGAGGAGCUCCAGGUCCAGGCAGCAGGAUAUGGAGAUGGAGCCAGACUCCAUGGAGUUCAAAUCGGUCACGGCUCUGGUGACGGCAGCCUGCCCCUCUAUCUCUGCUGUCCGCUCCAGGGUGGACCCCGACGGGAAGGAGAGCGCCGACCGAAGAGGGGACGGGGAGGAGGAAGAGAAAGAGGGACAGAAAAAAGUGGGAAAGAGAAAAGAGGAGGGGGAUGAGAGAGAGGGGUCAUUGAAAGGAGCCUGUGCUGGUCAUAUGUUCCUGGCUGAGAUCCUGGAAGAGGAAGAGAAAGAGGAGGAGACAGAAGAGGAGAAAGGGAGUAGGGAGAAGGCAAGAGAGGAGGAAGAUAGAGGAGAGAAGGCAGGAGAGGAGACAGGGAGAGGGGAGGAGACAGGAGAAGAGAAAGGGAGAGUGCCCUCACCCAGCACUGAAGAACCAAAUGUAUUUGCUGAAGAGGGACUUCAGACCAAUAACCCACCUCGCUGUUUCAACAAAGAGGAAAAGGGUGAGGAUGUUCCUGUCAGACCCCUUCCAAGACUCUCAUCCCCUAGUUCACAUAACAAGACGUAUGGGGCUGGUAGAGUUGUGAGGAGGAAUUUUAUCCCCCCAAGCCAUCCACCACCACCGCCACCCACCCCCUCACUACCUCCACACCACAACCUCUCUACACCUCACUUACCCCACCCAGAAAGAGGGCAGGGGGGCAACAGAGGCAUGGAAGAGCACAUGCCAACCAACCCCCCUAACCCUUACCUACAGCCAGUAUAUGAUGGUUUCUUAACCAGAAACCACAGCGAAGAUUUACCAAAUGGCAAACAGAGCGAGAGUGGGAGAGCGUCUGUUGAGAUAGGUUCUGUCCCCACUAUAGCUGUUCAUACUGCCACUGAGAAUAUCGUUGGCUCCGUUACUUCCAUCCUCGGUGAUGGAGAUACUGGUAGCUUGAAUUCUUCUUAUGCUAUUGAUGAAGCAAAUGUGCCUAGUGUCAAUUUGGUAACCGCUAGUGAUGAUGAAGGCAACGCUAACAUCUGUGAUUUGAGCUUGGAUCGUGCUACCACUGCUAACGUUGAAUCCCCUGCAAAUGUUCAUCUUUUGACUGCGCACAUUCAUUCAGUAACAUCAAAUACAGAUUUUGCUGCCACCAUAAACUCCAUUACAGCAAAGCUUGAUGCUACAGCAGGCAUCCAACCUACGCCGGUCAGCACUGCUUCCACUGUGGUUAAUGUCCAAACCUCCAUCCUACCGGAUUCUCUCGCUGACACAAAAAACGCAGUUUUUAAAACGGCUAGCAUGGAGGCUAAUGCUAGCACAACUAAUGACAAUGUUGACACAGCUAAGCCUAAGGUGACCACUUUUCACAAGCUUCCCAACGAGCCUCCAUCCCCUUCUGGGUUCCUUCUCCAGCCAUGCUCCCCUGGCAUCAUCGGCGGUCGCUUGUCGGCUUCCACCCUGCGAGGGAAGAUCCAGAGCCUGCCCCUCUACUUGUCACGUUCCCAAGAAACCCUUAGCCAAACAGGGCUAGGGAGCACAGUCAAGAGCCCCUCCAGAGAUGUCAUCACCAAGGUCACUGCUGAAAAUAAGGUCGGCGUUGUAAAGGACACAAGUCAGGUAGAAUCAGCAGAGUCGGACGAUUCUGAGGUAACGCUGACAGGGUCAGAGGUGGAAGGGGAAGUGGUCAUAGAAACCACGGGGGCUGAGAUCACGCAGUCGACUAUGUCGGAGGUCAAGGAGCUGGUGGAGAAGGUGGUGAUGGUCCAUGAAAGCCCUCCCCUGCCAAUCUGCAAUGAGCUCAGACCUCUGAAUCUAGACUCAAAAAUGAACAUUUCUAAGCCAAAAAUAGAUACCUCCAGAAAUAAAACGGACAUCUACAGACCUCAAAUGAACAACCCUGUCCAUCCUGUUCCCGCUGAAAUAGUGGUGACCACGCAGAGUCUUAAUGGUCCAGGACUCAGUUUCCCAAGCAUGGCAGUGGGGGGUAGCAGUGUCACUUCUAAAGAGCUCUGUAAGCCUGCAGGAGGAGACUCAGGCCAGGUCAAAUUACUUAGCACAAGCUGUGGAGUGUUCACUGUCUGUGAGGCCCAGCCGAAGACUCAAAGCCAGGCCCACCCAGAAUAUUCCCCACAGAUAAAGCCUGAUUUUGGGUGUAGCUCUAUUCUGGCAUCUGGGUGCGAGUCUGUGCUGGAAGGUGUUCAGACUCCCCUGGACGCGUGUGGGUGUCCUAUGGUCUAUACCAACUGCUUCAGCGGGGGGGACAGUUUUGACGACGAGCUGACAGUUUACGAGUUCUCCUGCCGCACACAGAGUGACGUGACCCAUGCCUCCGAGGUGCUUCCUCUGAUGACCUCUCACCCAUCCUCCUCUUUCCUUUCCUCCUCUUUCCUUUCCUCUUCUCCUUCCGCCUCCCUCUCUCCCUCCUUCCCACGAAUGGUCAUCUCUCCCUCCUCCUCCACCGAAGUUAGCCCCCUCCUUUCCCCUUUGGAGCCAUCCAAUUGCUUCUUGUCCGAGGCGCACAAAGAGACCAUCAACCGACUGCGCCAACGCCGUUAUCCGGCCCCUCCGGCGGGUUUCCAGACACUCCGCGGAGAUGUAGACCAGCUGCUCUCCAUCUUAGAAGGCGGGGCCAGGGGAGGACGUGGGGGGAGGCACCCCAGGGACAGCUGCCCUGCCCACUUCAGCGAGAACAAGCGAACGCUGCACGGGGAAGCUCGCCGGCUCAUGGCAGGCUGCCAGAAGGUGGUGAGGGUGGGCCAGAGCCCCGAAGAGAUGCUCAUCUCCCUGGCCGAUAGCUUCCAGACUCUGGUGGAGCUGGCAGGGGUGUGCCUCUGGUUCUCUGGCUGCGACCGCUGUGACAGGCGGAACAGCGAAGCGGUGGCCGGUUUGGCGGACGUGGCGCGGGCCUUCCGGGAGUUUGCACUGGCGGCGGAGAGGGCGAGCGGGAGACGGACAUGUCACGACCUCAGCACCAAGCUGCUGGCCAAACAGUGCACAGCACUCACCGCCUCCGUCUUCUGCCUCACCCAGCUGUUUCGUACGCUCACCGCCCUUUGAAUGAUGUGGCUGCCUAUUUAACCUUUAACUCUGAGGGAGGUCUGACACUUGACGGGUCACAAACGGAGGAUUACUUGUAGUGACUAAAUGACAAGUUCUAAAGACCCAUUGGUUGUUUUACAGCCUCUGCGAUGUCAAAGUUCCCGUAGUGAUUAAUCACUAACACCCUGACAUCCCAGACCAAUUGAGACAUUCCUUAUGGUGUCAUAACAGACCACGAGGCCUCCUCUAGGGUACAGUGCUUGUGGUUGACCUAAACAGUGGCAUAAUGUGCAUUGGUCCCUAACUGGUCAGUCACUCUCAGUAGAACAAACUGUAAUAAAGUGUCACCCUGUCAUAAAGGCCACACGUAAUGACAAUCGCUAGACUCAAAGCAAACCUGUCUGUGUUUCAGUAUUUAAGUAUUUAUAUUUGAAUAUACUAUAUAUUUAUUGAUCUAUUUAUUUUGUAUCUUUCAUGUUAUUGGUUUGGUAGUUAUCGAACCGGAAAAGGCCGCGUUUCCCAGAUUUUUAAGAGCGUUCUAAGAGCGCUCAAGAACGCUCUUAAAACGCUCCUAAGAAGCUCUUAGCGUUAAGAGCUUCUUAACGAAUCUGGGAAACGCGGCCAAACAGAGAAGAAUCUCGAGGAAAACAGAACGAACAAGGAAUGUUUACAAAAAAUGUUUUAGACAAGAAAAUGAUUUACACACAUACACACACAAAUAUAGAUACACACAAAGCACAUACACACACACAUGCAUCUCCAAAAAACAGGGGUUUGCUCGGAAUCACUUUCCAAUUUCAGACAUGGUCUGUGAUUUCCUGUCUGUCACAGGGCUGACUGUUCCACUGGACGAAAGUAGUAGACUGAACAUGAAUGGACCGUUUACAAAACCAAAAUAGUUUUCUUGAGUAGCUUGUAUAAAUGUUUCUGGGAGCUCUGUUCGAUAUUUUAUAAACACCAGCUCAGUGCUUAUUAAUGUGUAUGACUUUUUCAAAUGGGUGGAUAAGGAAGGGAUUGAUGUCUUUCUUAUAAUUUGUUGUUGUCUUUUGCACAGACAAUGGUUAUGGACAGUUUGAAGACGUUAGAAUGGCUGCCACAUACAGAGAAUGAUUGUAGUCGGGGUUGGCUGUGUUGCUUACAAAACGUCAAGGGGGUGACCAGGGCAGAAAAUAUUUCUGGAAAUAAAUAAAGAAUUGAACUUGCAUGUUCUGUUCACUGCAGAAAUUCACAGUUUCUCAACAAAGCAGUACUUCACACUUAAUCACCAGGCCAGUUAAUUAUAUAAUUUUAAUGACAUUACAAAGAUGUAUUAAUUAUUUAGUUUUUGUUUUCAGUUUUAGUUUUCUUCACCAAACAAAUAAAGGAAUCAUAUUUAGCAUGGGUUAUGUUUCAUAAAGUGAUACAUUUUGGUCAUAAAAUGUUCACAUAAUUGCUUUAGGAAGAAUUAACCUUC